UUUUUAUCGCCGCCUGAUGGACAAACCUGAAACUACAACAACAGCAAACUGUCAUGGCGGCUGCCACAAGGCUCAUCUCAAGGUUGACGCUGGUCACCGGUGGAGGCAGUGGGAUUGGGCGGGCGGUGUGCCAGCGUUUGGCCUCUGAGGGCGCCUCCGUGGUGGUCGCUGACAUCAGCGAGGAGUCGGCCAAUGAGACGCUGGGGAGUCUGCAGAGCGACCUCAGAGGUCAGGUCCACACGGUGGCUGUAGUGGACGUGUCGUCUAAAGAGAGCAUCAAGAAGCUGGUAACGAGCGUGCAGACUCGGUACUUCCAGCCUCCCUCGGUGUGCGUGAACGCAGCCGGCAUCACUCAGGACGACUUCCUGCUCAACAUGGAGGAGGAGCAGUUUGAUAAAGUCAUCCAGAUCAACCUGAAGGGUUCAUUCUUGAUCACUCAGGCGGUCGCUCAGGCUCUGGUGGCCUGUGGAGCGCCCAAAGGAUCCAUCAUUACUGUGGGCAGCAUCGUGGGAAAGGUAGGAAACAUCGGUCAGGCUAACUACGCUGCCUCUAAAGCUGGAGUCGAGGGUUUAACAAGGACCGCCGCCAAAGAGCUCAGCAGGUUUGGGAUUCGCUGUAACUGCGUGCUGCCGGGGUUCAUUACGACUCCAAUGACAGAUAAAGUGCCAGAGAAGGUUAUUAGCAAGAUCGAGUCCUUGGUGCCUCUGGGAAGGAUGGGCGAGCCGGCGGAGGUCGCUGAUGUCUGCGCCUUCCUCGCCUCGGACGACUCUCGGUACAUCACCGGAGCCAGCAUCGAAGUGACAGGCGGACUUUUCAUGGGUUAAAUCAGCCGUCCGGCGAGCGCACGACUGAAGACCGUGAGACUAGUUUCUACGUAAUUAUUAAUUUUUGACUUGAUUUUGAUUGCGUGAAUGUUUUUGUAAUUUUGAUGUGAACCUGUCACAUGUUGUCUUAAUAAACACUAGAAUGUAAUGUUGAAUCUGAAUGAAGCUUUAAAAAAGUUUUAACAUGUUUGUGUGUUUUUGGGGCACAGCUGGUUUGAACCAGCUGCUUGUUUUAGUUUUUAGUGUCUCCACACCAUCAUCACCACCAGAGCCUCCUCAGGCUUCCUGUCUUCUCUGAGAAGGUUUACAUAAUAACUCUGGCUUUAAAAACAUUGUUGGAGGUCAAAGGUCAGCACACACAGUUUGAACCUGAAGGCUGAGCGUCCUCAGAUGUUGCAGGUGUUUAACUCUGAGCUGUGAGCCGAGGUGCUGCAGGCCUUUCAGGGCUGUUUGUUUCAUAAUCGGAAGCAUCUUUGCUCCAUCUGUGCUGCAGUUUUUCUGUCUUUUAUUGUUGAAACCACAGCACUUUUCACUUUGAGUCGUCUUCAGCAGAAGCUGUUUCUCAGCUAAACAUGUGAGUUUGGAAACAGGACCCAUAAUCUCAAAGACGACGUAGCAGCACAUUACGUCCCCCUCUGAGUGACACAGCUGGGCUUGUCUUAAUUUUAGAAGUUUAAAUACAGCCGCUGAGAGGAGGAGAGAAAAACAAUAACGAUGCCAAAAUCUGUCUGCAAAACACUCGAGCAAAGAAAAACUGAGGUUUCUGUUUUUGUCUUUAUAAAAAGUGAAGCAGCUCUGAAACAAUCCUGUCUUUUACUCACAAACACAUUAAAUGUCUGAAAGCAUUUUGAAAUAAUUACUUGCAGAGAACAAAGUUACGCUAACGAGGUUAACGAGUUAAUCCCAGUUCUUUAAAAGUCUGUGACUAGUGAUGAAACCGAACUGAUGCUGAUCUAGAGGAAAACAGGGGCAUAAUUUCAGAAUGGCCACAAGAUGUCGCUGUUUCACCUUCUAGUAACAAAUAGAAACAGCAAUCACUAAAGUAGACCAUAAUAAAUAUUUAAUGGAGAGCACAUAAACAAUUUGAAGUUAAGGAUAUUUUGUUAUAUUACCAAGACAUAAAUUAAUAUUGUCACCAAUACAGAUUAUGCUACUAAGGAUUUGGGGAAAAUACAUUAAAGUAAGUAAAAAAAAACAUGAAGCUGAUCCAGAAGAUAACUUCAUUAAAAAAUGCACAUAAAUAAAAACAUAAUUACCAAGAAAACCUGUAGAGCUCUUUAAACUGCUAAAUAAUAAAGCAUUUAAAAUACAUUAUUAAUAGACAUCAUUCCCUAUGUUGUUGCCUAUGAACAAGUACUUUGACAAAUAGCGACACCUUGUGGCCCUGUGCAGUAAAAUCAUGACAGCAGUCUGGAAGAAAAACAAGAGUCAAGCAGCUCUUUUUAAAAAGAUUAUAUAUUACAGAAACAAGAAUUUAAAAAAAUUACUUACAGACAUUAUAAAAUACUUUUUUCUUUUUUCAGCACCAUAUUUUUAUGUUGAAACGGCUUCAACACAAUAAAAACAAACAAAUAUUUGAGGUCAUUCUCUCUGGAGGAGGGCAGAUUUUUUUGGUUUUGGGUUUUUCGGUCAUCCAUCCUCCGGUUUCCUGCUAUAUAUAUUUAAAAAAGCACAAACAAAUAAAACCAGAACCCCAGAAUUAAAUCGCCCAAUCAUUUUUCACUUUCCAUCCCACGGAGGCGGACGACCUUCGCCCCCCUGCCUCUCUCACAGCCUCUCUCCCCCCCGUGGUGGUUCAGUAUCUUUACCAUCACAGCUCAGAUCGAUGCAGACUUUAAGUAAAAAGUUGUUCCGCGAUUGCAAACCUGCAAAAGCCAACAAGUGAAACAGCAGCAAGGACAGGGACGUGACAGAGGUGGAGAGUCACCGUUUAAUCAUUACAGUGGAAGCAGGAUGUAACAGCACAGUACAGUCGAUGCAAACACUAAGACGGGAUCUUACAGUAACGUGUGGCCACAGAUUCUUAUUUUUAUUCCGUACAAAAGGAGUUUGAACAGGGCGGUGAGUUUGACCUUCAAGUGUCAGCUGCAGGAAAUAAAUACAAACCACAUGUGACUGAAAUAUUGGUUGGUUCUUGUUUUUUUAAUCUCAAAGCACCCUGUUAAUUUUAAAUAAAUACAAUAGAAUAUCACUAUUUCUGUACAAAUGGUAUGUAAUGCACAUCUUCCCCAGGUACAAGCUUCAUGAAUUAGAAGAGACUACAGGAAGGAGUCGGAGUGGACACUACACCUUUGACACGUUUGUGUAAUUAGCACCUUACCACACAGGUCAGUAAAAGCGUGCAUUUUUAUUUGCUGCUGCAGGAAAAACAGGAGGAAUCUCUGAAGCUCAGACAUGUUUAAACACUGAUGGAAAACAACAAAGAGUCCAGACUCAGCAAACACCGGAGCGGCGUGGUGUUAGCGGCCUCGGUGAGGAGUGAUUUAAAGAAUCAGGUCACCAGCAGCAUGCAAAUACAACAGCACUGCAUUUAGCACAGUUUACAAAAUGAAUGGCUUUGAUUUCACUGAUCACACGUCUCUCCUGCCUCGUGCAUGCAUCACAUCGGCUCAGCGCGGUCUCGCUCCUCUCGGGUGGAGGAGGGAUUGUCCUGCACCUCGCCACACGUUAACCUCGGUGCUCAGUUCCCUGUGUUUCUGCCGGUGUCGUUAAUUCUUUGGUUCCUUAAAGUGUAAAAAGAUCUGAAUGUUGCUCUGUAAACAGCAUGGCUGAAGAGUCGCCCCUGAUGACCUCACAAAGAGCUUCAUCUACAGCUCAGGGGAACGUUUCUGACCUCUGGCUGUUCUUUUAUGGUUUGUCUCCUGUUUUGAUUUCAUGUGAUUUUAACUGCAUCACAGAUAAAGGCGGCUGCACGGGAGCCUCUCACAGCCUGAGCGACCGUCAGUCAUGCUGCCUGCAGAGUGAAUGUAGAUUAAGGAAGUGGGAAUGAGUGUGACCCGUUUCUGGGAGGAGAUGUUGGAUGGGGAGGUAGAGGGGCAUCAGACCUCAGGUUGCCGGCUCGCUCUCAGGUCGGUGACGUUAAAGAAAACACUGUUUUAUGUUGAAGGACGCUCCCUCCUGACUUUAUCUUCGUCUCUCGCGGCGGUCGAAGGUCUCCGCAAGUUUUUCAGAUUUCUCUCCUCUUUUUUUUGUUUUUGUGACGUCCAUUAAUUGUUGGGAGGAUGUUGGUUUCCCCGGGCACGCACUUUACUGUGAGCGUGUGUUUGUCUCACAACAACUGCAUGUAUAUGUAAGUGUGUGUGUGUGUGUGUGUUUUAUAUCAUUUACAAAUUAAUUUACAAAUUACUGGGCAUGAAUGUUUUUUUCAUAUAUAAGUGUGUCUCUAAGUGUGUGUGUGUGUUUGCAUGUAUUGUGUGUGUUUGUGUUCUUAGGCUUGGAAACAAACAGGUCCCACUUCAAAACCAAACUGCUGGUUUUUCUCCCCAAAGUCUGACACCUUGAUAUCCCGCAGAGGAAGAUGCUCCAGCUGUGGCGUGCUGAUCUCCAGGACCGUCCUGUCGAAGCCCUUACGAUACUGAGGAGAGACACAGAGACACGCACGUCAGGAAACCACAAAAUGAAAAAGGUUUAUAAAGUCUGUGUUUGUUGGCACAUUAGGCUGAAGUUAGAGCAGACGUGGUUCUUCUCCUUAUAUAAAACAAACUCUCCUGUUGCACCUGCUCAAAAACAAACAGCUAAACACUUCAUAAAAUCCUCUAAAUGGUCCUCUUGUGUUUUGCAGCUACAUGUGAAACUGUUUGUCAUCAUAGUGUAAUUAGUGAUCGUUCUCAAAGAUCCCAUAAAAUGAAAAACUGUCUGUUAUUGAUGAGGAACGUGACAGUGUGGGGUUAAACUCUCGUGCUUUCUCCAACAGCUCAGUCACACGACAUAAAACUCCAACCUCUUUGUGACAAUAAGUAAAAAAGCGGCUGCUCUCAACUUAUGAGUGAAUGUUUUUGAUCUCAAGGCGACCGUCUGGUGUAAGGCGAACUGUCUCCAACCAAUCACAGUCCAACUUGGACCGACUGCAGUCACCCUCAGACAGAUUGGUGAAGGUUUGCCAAUAAUUUCUGCUUUAUCUACAAACACAAUUUGCGCAGAUGUUGCAAUAAUUAUAAUAAUUAAUCUGAGUCAGUCUGCAUCGAUGAGCACAGCUCGUCUGUUUUGUGUUUCUUUGCAAACAGCAGACUCGACUCAUCUGGUUGCAUUUCUGGUUUAAACUAUGCAAAAGUCUCGAGUCUGCUCUUAUUUCUUCAUGUUUGUCUCACUUGGAGUCAGACUAUCUUUACAUUUUUUAAGGGGUCAAAGUUUUUUUUUGCACAUCGUCUAGUUUUUCAUUACUUUCAGUUCAUCCUUGUACCUGAGCAUUUUCAGAGGGAACAGGUCAGAGUUCAUAGAUCAGUGUUAAACCAGUUAAACCAGUUAAACAUUCAAUCAUUCAAUCAAGAAUAAAAAAGGCACCUGACUCAGCAUGAAUCAGUAUUCUGUCUACAGAAAACAAACAACUGUAGGCAGUUUGUUCCAUUUCUUUGGCUGAAUCUAUGAAAAAUUAAAACAAUGACACUUUAACAGACAGAAAAUCGUAUUUUGUGAUUCCCAAAGAGCGACUAGUUGGAAACAUAUCUCAGCAUGCUGUGCAGUGUGUCCUUAAAAAAUCUGAGGAAACUGGACAAGAUCAAAGUAGUGGUGAUAGUCCUAAAAAAAACUAUAGCAGCACCGUCCUGAUGCACCAAAGUUGCACAGAAGUUCUCAACUGACUGUGAGUUGUCGUAGACCUGCUCUCUGUCUGCAAAGCAACCGUUUCCAAGGGAAUGAAAGCUCAAUAAUUUAAAAACACUGUUUUUUCUAAUGUGACUGCAACAUCACAGAAAAAGAGGCAGCUUAAUUUACUAGGACUGGAUGAGUGUCAGACUAACUCUGGUCCAUCAUACAUGGUUACGAUGGUCCAGAGGAAAGAUGUGACAGCUCCCCAUAACCUUCAGUAACACGGAGCCUUUAACAGGUCUGGAUGUAGUUUUGUGUGUGUGAACUCACAGAGCAGCCAUCGAUCAAGGCUUUGAUGUACGGGUUGGUCUCAUAGCUCAGCUCCUCGUCGUUGGCACCCAGGAAGUGCAGCGCCCUUUGGUAGUUGUUCUCGGCGCUUUGGUCGGCCCAGGCCACGGAGCGGUGGCAGUGGUAGGUGAGGUUCUGACGGGCCUGGACGCUCAAGAGGCGCAGGAAGCCCAGCUGGACCACGCCCACGGGAUCACCGUUGGAGUCGACGUAGGAGAACUGGGAGGAGGAUGAGAAAGGAGAGGAUUUAAUGAUAAGACAACAAGCAGCAAGGAGGAAAAGUGUAAGAUGAGUGUAAGGAUGCAAACAAACGAGGGAAAGAAGGUUAAACAGGUCAAGAACUAAACUAUUAAACUUUUAAUUACGAACCUUACUACCAGUGGAAAACUGACUGUACCACGAUCCUGGAGUCUCUUUGUCCCAGGAGCUCAUCUCCACCUGUGACCACAAUGAUCCACGUCACACAUUAUAGUUAAAGUUUCAUUUAAACUCAGUUUUCACACAGACAGAUAAAAACACCUUUUUUUUUAACCUGGGCGGCAAAUUUCCUCAACGUUACUGCUCUGACAUCUUAGUUUUAUUAUAAAUGUUAAAUCAUUUUUUAGUUUUUUACAUAUAAAUGAGAAAAUAGAAAAUAGAAACCACCACAAACGCUUCAGGAACCCAAACAUGUUGGAAAUUUAACCAAAUUAUUAUGAGUUUAGUUAAUAAACCUGUUUUUUUGACACAGUUGUUGUUUUUCCAGAUUGCUGGACUGACCGUGUUGACGUCCUUGCUCGGGUACAAACACGUCUCUCCAGCAGUAAAGUUACAGAAGACCUUGAAGGAGUCUCUGGAGCAGCCCUGAUUGGGGUCGAUCCAGUACUCUCCUGCAGGGGGCGACAGAGAAAAGAGGUGGGAAAAUGUAAAAGUCUGACUUUGACUCUUACAGAUGUUCAUUCAUCAUCGUCCUGGUACUGAUAUAAGUGCCAGGAUCAGCUGCCAGGUUUGUUUUGGGUUUCGUGGUUUGUUUCCGUUACCGUCUUUGAGGUCCGGCUGGCUGAGGUUCAGGUCCUGGCAGGUGCGCGCGGGGCUGUCCUGAGUGCCCAGAGGGAAACGCAUUGUCUCGAUCUCUUGACGGAGGGAGUUGAGAGAGCCAAAGAUCUCCUCCAUGCCUUCGCUGCCCAUCAGGAACUCGGUGCCGGCAGUGUCAGAUGCCGGCAUGUCAGGGUCAAACUCUGGCGCCAGCUGGCUGGCAUCGAUGGAGCGUUUGGACUUGGGACUCCUCUGGAUGGGCAGCGGCUGAAUGACCUCACCAGGUGGGCCCUGGGAAGCAAGUUUACAUCAUUAACUGCAGUUCAGAGAGCACACGGAGAAGAUUUAAAUGAAGAAAGGUGGAGUACUGACAGGAGGUCCAGGAGGUCCUUGUACUCCUUUUUCUCCCUUUGGUCCAGCUCCUCCCUAAAUCCAGCAGGAAAAGGAAAGAAGCAUUACAUCAUCACAUCCAUUCAUCUUUGAAUUUUACUGACACUGCACUCAUGUUAGCGUGGUUACUCACAGAUGCACCCUUAGCUCCUUUGAUACCUUGAGGACCCUGGAAAAGAUGUCAGACUUUAAUAAAACGGCUUCAAUGACAGGUUUCAGGAGCAGGAGGAGGAAGAAUGACGUCAUGUUCCUGGAAUAAAACAGCACAAAUACUUACAGGAAGACCAGGAGGACCAGCAGGGCCGAGGGGUCCGGUGCCUCCAGAAAGUCCCUGUGUUACAAGACAUGAGAAUCAUUUCCAUAAAAAAAAAAGAGUCAAAUAAAAUAAAGGUUUCACUGCCUGCUCUUCAUCAUGUGACAGAGGUCAAACUUACGGACUCUCCUUUGGGUCCAGAGGAUCCCUGAGGCCCAGGAAGGCCUCGGUCUCCCUUCUCUCCCUGCUCUCCCGGAGGUCCGAUGAGACCGAUAAGACCUUGGUGACCCUUCUCUCCCUUGGCUCCGGGGUCUCCACGCAGGCCGGGCAAACCAGGCGGUCCCUGCAGGAGGAGAAGCAGAGAAAGAAGGAAAGAAGAGGACGAAAGCAGGAGGACAGACGAGAAGAGGAAAGAUGGAGGAUUAAAGAAGGCAGCAGGAGCAAAGUGCAGCGUGACGGAGCAUCAAGUGCAAACUUUGUGUUUGCUCUUACCAAAGGUCCAGGCGGUCCUUUCUCUCCAGCAGCUCCUGGUAAUCCUUGUCCACCCUGAAACACAAUUAUUAACACACUUAGUGAGUGAACAGCAACACAUCAAACAACAAGUGUCACACACACACACAGUGAAUUUGUUUAGUUGCUGUUUGAAUAAACCCAAAAAUGACUGAUCAACUGAACUGACCACUGAUCCUGGGAGUCCUCGAAGACCUUCGGUUCCUGGUUUUCCUGGUUGACCCUGAGGGCCGACAGGACCCGUCUUUCCUGGGGGACCGACUGCACCUGGAUCUCCCUGUGAAGGGUGACGCCAAAGAAACAGGAUUCAAAGAUUCCUUCUUUGCAUCAGUAAAAGUUAUGCAACACAAAAAUAAGAUUGAUAAGAAAACAGAGUUAAUCAUUUAUUGUAGAAUCAUUAUUAGAAAUAAAGGGUCAGUAAUCAGAUGUAAACAUAGUUUCGUCUUAUCAUCUGAGAGCUUAUACUCACUGUGAUCUGUGCAGAUCAUUUAGUAACUGAAGGACUCACCUUGGUUCCCUUCUCUCCCUGACGUCCCUCUGCUCCUCUUGCACCAGCAGGACCCUGACAUGUAAAUGAGAAGCCAUUUAAAUACGACUGCAGGAAAGAAACAGAAUAAAUGUUUGAUGGUGUCCAGGAUGCUGCGCUCAGGUUGGGUGUUUGGGUGAUGAUACUCUAAACAUGACUGGUCAGUAAACACAACCUUAUAUGCUCGGGUAAAUAAAAGGUCAAACUGCAAAACUCUGUGAUUGUUUUCACCCUUUUUCAAAAGCUGGAAGCAUUAAAAAAAUAUUGGCUGCAUGAAAAACUUGUUACUUAAGUGAUCUUUCACAGCCAUCAGACUGAGUGAUCUUACCCUCUUUCCUGGGGGUCCAGGAGGUCCGUUCUCACCAGGAGGUCCGGGGGUGCCCUGCGAUAGGAGGCAGAAUGAAAAGAUUGAUCCCUUGAAAAAUUAUAUAAAUGAAACUUGUCUGUUUUGGAUAUUUACUAAAACAAUAUAUGAAAGUAAUGAGAAAGUGGCCACUUUCAUGAGUAUUUUAUAAGUUUUUACUGUUUCUUUUCCACAUGGGUGAGGAGCUGGAUCAUUUCUAAUCCUUCAUUUCUGCAUCGCUGCAUCUUUUUUACUCACAGGUUCUCCUGCUUCUCCGUCCUCUCCUCUCUCUCCCUUGGCACCAUCCUGGCCCUAAAAACAAAGACGAUGAUGUCAGAGGUUUUCUUUGGGUUGUUCGGUUCAGCACGAAGCUCAAACAGAGGCUGAACUGAACUGUCUGCAGCUGUGGAGCCACAUUUAACAUCUCUGUAAAUAAAUAAACGUGAAUCAUUCAAAAACGACACUUACUCUGGGUCCAACCUCACCAGGGGGGCCGGGAUCACCAGGGAAACCAACAGGACCCUGAAAUUAAUACAAAAAGAUCAAUGAUUAAACACAGUAAAGAGAUCGGCGGUCACUGAUCUGUGCGGCAGUCUGUGUAUGUUCUGGUGUGUCCGGUUCUCAUACUGGGUUUCCUUUGGGCCCAUCGUCUCCUGGUCCUCCUCGUCCUCCGGCAGGUCCAGCAGUUCCAGGUUGGCCCGCCUCUCCCUUCUCUCCGCGCUCUCCACGAGGACCCUGUCCACAGAAGUACAGACCUCGUUGUUUGCUCAUGGAUGAUAUUUAGAUAUCAGCGACAGCAUGAGCUCCUGAUGCAUCGGCUCAAAAAAGCAUUAAGAUCACGCCGCUCACCUUCUUUCCAGCCUCUCCUACGAUUCCAGGUGGUCCGGCCUCACCGGGCUCUCCCUGUGGAACAAAUAUCACAUAUUUUAAUCCAGUUUUUCUCUUUUUGGACACAAAGCUGUAAAAAUAUUCCUUCAGUACUGCACCUUCUCUCCAACAGCCCCAGGAUUACCAAUACCACCAGGAGGACCUUGAGGACCCUGAAAACAGACAAAAACUGAUCAAAUAAUUUCCAUCAACAGUUACUUGGAGGAAAAAGUAUCAGAUAAUCUACUUUAAUUAAUGCUGAACAUGAGUUUCAUGAGAAAUUAAUCUGCUAAAAUUAACUUGAUGGAAAAGGAGCGAGUUUCACAGAGGUUCAGUAAAAGCUCCAAACACUCACGUCAGCUCCGCUGGGUCCAGCAGGGCCACGGGGUCCUGGAGGGCCUGGAGGACCCUGGAAACAUAAAGAGGAUUUGGUUUUUAUCAUCAUUUUAUUUAUUUUGUCGCAUACAUCAUUACCAGUUAUUACAAUAUUCAUGUGUUUGUGAAACUCACCAUAGGUCCGACAUCUCCCGUCUCUCCUUUCUCCCCAGAUGGUCCUGGCAGUCCCUGCAGAGCAAAGGUCAAAGUUCUGGAUUAGGAGCUUUGCACAAGAGCGAUGCUCGAACUGCACGAGUAUUGACAUCAAAUCCAACGUAAAGAAAGGAAGUGUUGCUGCUUUUUGACAUUUUCAUGUUUUUACCUGGAGUCCGAUGGGACCUGGGGCUCCUGGGAAGCCUCGGGUUCCCUCGUCACCUUUAGCUCCGAAAGGACCCUGCUGCCCCCUCGGUCCAAGAUCUCCAUCAGCACCCUGCACCACAGAAGAAGAAGAAGAAGAACAAGGACAAAAACAGGAGAUAAGAACAGUUAAUGUGCUGACUGGAUGGAUCUAAACUCCUCAUCAUAUCAGGAACAAUCUUGUAAAUUCAUCACAUAACUACAUUUUCAUUUUAACAAGACCUUUAUCAAAUCUGUAAAGUAAAAACUGCAGCCAUCAUCAAAUGCAUGCACUUGUAAUAAAAA